AAUUUCACAAGCUCCCUUCCGGUUCCAACAUGGAGAUCAUCUUCCAAAAAGGCCAUCACAAAAUUGAUGAGAAGCCGCCGUUAGUAUUCGUGCACGGGAGUUUUCACGCUGCGUGGUGCUGGGCUGAACACUGGUUGCCCUUCUUUUCUCGACAUGGAUUUGAUUGUUAUGCUCUCAGCUUGCUCGCCCAGGGAGAAAGUGAUUCACCUGAUGGUGCAGUUGCAGGUUCACUCCAGAGUCAUGCAGCUGAUGUGGCCGACUUCAUCCACAAGGAAAUCCAGUUACCACCAAUCUUGUUGGGUCACUCUUUUGGCGGACUUAUCGUUCAAUACUAUAUUGCAAAUGUAGGAAAUGAGAAAUUGCAAGAAAUGGAAAACACACACCCGAAUCUAGCUGGAGCUGUCCUUGUAUGCUCUGUACCUCCUUCAGGAAAUAGUGGCCUAGUUUGGCGGUAUCUAUUCUCCAAACCUAUUGCUGCAUUUAAGGUAACGCGCAGUCUGGCAGCAAAAGCUUUUCAAACUUCUCUGCCACUUUGUAAGGAAACUUUCUUCUCUGCUUCUAUGGAGGAUCAUCUGGUCCUUCGAUAUCAGAAGCUGAUGACAGAAAGUUCACGGAAGCCACUUUUUGAUCUGCGGAAGCUGAACGCAUCACUUCCUGUCCCUCCCGUGAAAGAUCCUUGUAUGAAGAUUCUGGUGUUGGGAGCAAAUGAUGAUUUUAUAGUGGAUGCAGAGGGUCUUAGAGAAACAGGCAGAUUUUAUGGAGCAUCAGCUGUUUGUGUAGAAGGGGUUGCACAUGACAUGAUGUUGGAUGAGUCAUGGGAGAAAGGUGCACAAGUAAUUCUAUCAUGGCUGCAUGCUUUGGACACGGAGCAGCCUCAAUAGUUAGUUGGAGCUUCCCACAUCCCAAAAUGGGAAGAGUCUAACCUACACCCAACGCACUACACAUCGCCGUUGCGAUUAUAACACGUGUCGCACCAUUUAAACCCAUGGGAAUUCAACUUUUCGAUAACCAGACCGUUAUUUGGUUUUAUAAUACCGCCGGUUCAUAGAAUCAUUUGCUGAGAAUGGUUUUGAGUUUUGACUUGGAACUAGUGCAUGAGUAAAUUCUUCCUAUGUGUCCACUAAGCUAUAUUUAUGGAAUUUUGAAUGCAGGUCUCCAUUAAUACUAAA